CAGAUCAGCCCGAGUCUCAGAUGAGACGCAUCAGCCGCGCUCUGCGUGUUCGUCCUCUGCGCGCGCUUUCCGAUGGAUUUUAUUUGUGGGGGAAAUAUGAUUUGCUAUUAUAAAGCACGGAUCUCAGCGCUGCGGGGACGUAGUGCAUGAUUCGAGCUCUGCACCGCUCACGGAGUCUGCCUCUCUCCGGUGGGACACACGGCGCCUGUGCUAUGUAUGUGCGAGGAGUCGCUUUUCCUGGAGCCCUUGGAUGAGCACGUCGGCUGAGCUAGUAUGAUAGCCGUCUCUUUCAAAUGCCGAUGCCAGAUACUGCGGAGAGUGAACAAAGAUGAGGGGCCCUACACUAAACACUCCAAUCCCUCCAGGCCACCAGAUGGUGCUCUGGCCAUUAGGAGACAGAGUAUUCCAGAUGAGUUUAAGGGCACCAGCACUGUGGAGCUGAUCAAGAAGGAAGGCACCACUCUUGGCCUGACAGUCUCCGGAGGCAUCGACAAAGACGGCAAGCCCCGCGUCUCCAAUCUGCGCCAGGGCGGCAUCGCUGCCAGGAGUGACCAGUUGAACGUAGGGGACUACAUAAAGUCCGUGAAUGGAAUCAACUUGACCAAGUUUCGUCAUGAUGAGAUCAUCAGUCUGCUGAAGAAUGUGGGGGAGAGGGUCGUCCUGGAGGUCGAGUACGAGCUGCCGCCGGUCUCUGUACAGGGCUCAGGGGUCAUGUUUAAAAACGUGGAGGUGACGCUGCACAAAGAAGGCAAUACAUUUGGUUUCGUCAUCAGAGGAGGUGCCCAUGAAGACAGAAACAAAUCUCGCCCGGUUACCAUAACAACCAUCAGACCCGGCGGUCCGGCCGACAGGGAAGGUACCAUCAAACCCGGUGACAGGCUACUCAGCAUCGACGGAAUUCGUCUGCAUGGAGUGUCUCACGCAGAGGCUAUGAGCAUCCUCAAACAAUGUGGCCAGGAAGCCACUCUUCUCAUAGAGUAUGAUGUGUCAGUCAUGGAUUCUGUAGCCACAGCUUCAGGCCCGCUGCUGGUGGAGGUGGCCAAGUCCAUGGGCUCCAGUUUAGGUCUGGCUCUCUCUACCUCCAUGUACUGCAAUAAGCAGGUCAUCAUCAUUGACAAGGUCAAACCAGCCAGCAUCGCCGAUAGGUGUGGUGCGCUGCAUGCAGGUGAUCACAUCCUGUCAGUGGACGGCACAAGUAUGGAGUAUUGCACACUGGCCGAGGCCACCCAGCUGCUAGCUAGCGCUUCAGAACACGUCAAAAUGGAGAUUCUGCCCCACCACCAGACAAGACUGGCUCUCAAGGGCCCUGAACAUGUCAAGGUGCAGAGGAGUAACCGGACGUUGCCCUGGGAAUCCGGAACCAACAACAACAGCAACUUCCUUCCCUAUCAACACUAUAACACCUACCACCCUGACCAGUCCCGCAGCCAGACCAAGCAGAAAACCUCUCCAAACAACCCCCCUCUGGGUUCAUCCUUCUCUCCCACCUCCAUGAGUGCCUACAGUCUGAGCUCACUCAACAUGAACACGAUACCACGCACCAUGUAUCCCACAAGUCCCCGCGGCACCAUGAUGAGACGCAAACUGAAGAAGAAAGACUACAAGAGCUCAAUGUCUCUGGCUUCCAGUACGGUAGGACUUGCCGGUCAGGUGGUCCACACAGAAACAACUGAGGUGACCCUCAUCAGCGACUCCAUCAUGGGCUUUGGGAUCCAGCUUCAGGGAGGAGUCUUUGCCACAGAAACCCUGUCCUCUCCUCCGCUCAUCGCUUACAUAGAUCCCGACAGCCCAGCAGAGCGGUGCGGUAUCCUGCAGAUUGGCGACCGCAUCCUGUCAAUAAACGGCAUCCCCACGGAGGACAGCACGCUGGAGGAGACCAAUCAGCUGCUGAGGGACUCCAGCAUCACCAGCAAAGUCACACUGGAGAUUGAGUUUGACGUAGCAGAAUCGGUUAUUCCGAGCAGUGGAACCUUCCAUGUGAAGCUACCAAAGAAGCCAGGUGUGGAACUGGGCAUCACCAUCAGCUCUCCUUCCAGUAGGAAGCCUGGAGAUGCACUCAUCAUCUCUGACAUAAAAAAAGGCAGCGUGGCGCACAGGACGGGCACCCUGGAGCUGGGGGAUAAGCUUCUGGCAAUAGACAACAUCCGUCUGGAUAGCUGCUCCAUGGAGGACGCCGUUCAAAUCCUGCAGCAGUGCGAAGACCUGGUUAAACUCAAGAUCCGCAAGGACGAGGACAACUCAGGUAUCCUACGUGAUGGCAGUGUUGAUAGGGACGCCCGUGUGCUGUUGGCCUGUGUUGCAGACGAGCAGGAGAGCUCUGGUGCCAUCAUUUACACGGUGGAGCUGAAACGCUACGGCGGGCCGCUGGGCAUCACUAUCUCGGGCACCGAGGAGCCCUUCGACCCCAUCAUCAUCUCUAGCCUCACUAAAGGUGGCCUGGCCGAGAGGACCGGUGCCAUCCACAUUGGUGAUCGCAUCCUGGCCAUUAACAGCAACAGUCUGAAGGGCAAACCUCUCAGUGAGGCCAUCCACCUGCUUCAGAUGGCAGGGGAGUCCGUCAUACUGAAGAUCAAGAAGCAGGGAGAAUUGGCAAGCCCGAAGCAGCCCUCAGUAACGGGUCGUUUGAACGAUCUGAGUGAUAUGGAAGAUGAUAGUCAGAAACCCAGUAAACUCUCUGACAACUAUUCCACUACCAUUCCCAGCGUGGACAGCGCUGUGGAAUCCUGGGAUGGCUCUGCCAUUGACGCCACCUUCAGCACCCAAGCUCCCACAGGUUUCCAGGCAUCGGGCUACAGUUUCCACAGUCAUGAGUGGAGGAAUGCCAAGCCCAGCCGGGACAGCCUCUCCCCGGGGAACAGCAGCCGGCAGAGGAACAACAUCCUGCCGGACUUUGGACUCAGUGUGGAUGAAUGGGACAGGCCAAAUGCUAGCGGGGCAUCCACGCUGCCCACCGGUUUAAUCUCAGACAGCAGGUUCACUGUGGGACAUGACGGGACUGAGCCGGACCAGGAAGAGAACUUCUGGUCCCAAGCGCUCGAAGACCUGGAGACGUGUGGCCAAUCCGGGAUCCUGCGAGAACUUGAGGACAAGGCAGACAGGCUUCUGAAUAAGAGAAACCUGGCCAUCUUGGUACCCCCUUUCCUUUCUUUGGGCUUUCUCUUUGCUUUUAGCGCUGGCACCCAAGUGCUCUCCUCAUGCUAAUAGCUCAGUGUCUCUUGCUGGGGGGCUGCUUGAAAGGGGAAUGGGGCUCACAGACAACCACUACUGGCAUCCACUUCAGAUCCUACGGGUGCAUUCAAAACUAAUUAUGACACGUUUAAGGUCUAGUUCACCAAGAUUCUGUCUUCAUUUAUUCACUACUGUGUUGUUCCAAACUUGUGAAUCAUAUAUGCCUUCACGUUAAGGAUAGGUAUUUGAGUAAUUUUGUAGUCAUGUACUCAGAUAUUUAAAAAAGAUAAGAAAAAAAUAUAAAUAUAAAAAAGGAUAUUUAAAUAAGGUUUACUCAAAAAUAA